AUGAUCCAAGGAAUCGCUCACGUCAACAUCACCGUGCAUCCGGGCACGCUAGACGAUGCACAGGAAUUCUAUAGCUCGACUCUCGGAUUAAGUCCGGCGCCGGUUCCAGAGCUUCAAAGGGGGACUAUCCUAUGGUUCGACAUCGGAUCAAGCGGACAGCAAAUUCACGUAAACGAGGGCCCUACGGAUCCAACACACACGCGGCAUCCGUGCUUCAAGCUUGGCUCGACUGAGGAGCUGGAGACGAUUAAGAAGGGCAUUCACGAUCACCAUGUUCGGGGUGGUCCGUCGGCGCCGAUGGCGGCCGAUCAGCCGGGGGCUAUGGAUUCAGGUUAG